GCCCAAUCAGCUGGUGCACUGCUGCGGGGCAGGCUUCUAUUGGCAGCGAGAAACUUGAAGAAGCCUCGGGGCGGCACCUUUGCGGCUGGGGCGCUCCCCAGACAACUUGGCAGCAGCAGCAGGAACCCGGGGCACGAUGUUCAUUUGGAAUUGGUUCCAGAGCAUACUCAACUCGCUUGGACUAGCCAACAAGAAUGCCAAGAUCCUGUUCCUUGGGUUGGACAAUGCGGGCAAGACGACGUUGAUGCACAUGCUCAAAGACGAGCGCCUUGCGCAGCACCAGCCCACGCAGUACCCCACGUCAGAGGAGCUGCAAAUGGCGGGCAUCAACUUCAAGGCCUUUGACCUUGGCGGCCACGAGAUUGCGAGGCGGGUGUGGAAGGACUAUUAUGCCAAGGUGGACGCCAUUGUGUUCCUAGUCGACGCGGCCGACCGCGAGCGGUUCACGGAGAGCAAGAAGGAGCUGGACUCGCUGCUCAGCGACGACGGCCUGUCUGACGUUCCUUUCCUCAUUCUGGGCAACAAGAUCGACAUCCCCUCGGCAGCCUCGGAGGACGAGCUGCGCUACGGGCUGGGCCUGGCCAACAUGACGACUGGCAAGGGCAAGGUGGACCUCAAGGAGAGCGGCAUCAGGCCGGUGGAGAUCUUCAUGUGCUCCGUGGUGCGGCGCAUGGGAUACGGCGAGGGCUUCCGCUGGGUGUCCCAAUACAUCAAGUGAGCGCGGCAGGCGCCCCCGCGCAGCUGCCAGGCUGGCUGCCGCUUCCGCUGCAUAUAGGGCGGCAGCCCGAGCUGCGGCUCGAGGAUCGCCUCGCUCUGUGGCCCGCCAGGCAGCGGGCCUGGCUGGCGCCA